CAUGACAAGGUAGACGAAUUAACGACCUUCGACGGAGCUUCUUAAAACACGGACAAUCUUUUCACCAUCUCUCGAGAUGUCUUAGCAUGUAAGCAACAGAAGAAAACUUCCCUACCGAUGGUGUUAGAUCUCUAUAAAUAGUUCAUCGAGUCACGAAUUAGAGAGACGGUUUCUUUAGGCACCAUGGAGACGGUGAAGCACGGCCACCACCACCUCUUUCAUGGGGAGGAGAAGCAUGAAAAGACUCCAGAGCAACAACUGAAGCAUCACAAGCACAUGCAGCGCCUUGCCAAAGCCGGAACUGUUACUGCCGGUGCCUAUGCCCUGCAUGAGAAGCACAAAGCGAAAAAGGACCCAGAGAAUGCGCAUUCACACAGAAUAAAGGAGGAGAUUGCUGCUACCGUUGCUGUUGGUGGAGUGGUGUUGGUGAUGCAUGAGCACCACGAAAAGAAGGCAGCAAAGAAGAAGAUCAAGGAAGAGAAGAAGAAAGGAAACGGUCAUUGAUUGCAUCUAUGUAUUUACUUAGUCAUAUGUAAUCUAGUGUGCGAUGCGAGUGUUGAUUCGUAUGGAUGUACAUAGCUAUAUGUAUAAAUCCAUUUUCUAUGUUUGUAGUUCAAUUACUAUGGGAUCUAUACCUUUGUGUUUGAGUGAUAAAGCUUAGUAUGUAAGCUGAGAAAGUGAUAUUGAGAAUGGAAGAGCUUGUUAUGGUUGUAGCA